AUGAACGCGAGCGCUUCCUCGCUCAACGACUCCCAGGUGGUGGCAGUGACCACCGAGGGAGCGGCGGCGGCGGCGACAGCGGCAGGGGCGCGGGACAGCGGCGAAUGGGGGCCGCCUGCAGCGGCGGCGCUGGGAGGCGGCGGCGCGGCUAACGCGUCCCUCGAGCUGUCUUCUCAGCUGCCCGCGGGGCCGCCGGGGCUGCUACUGUCGGCGGUGAAUCCUUGGGACGUGCUCCUGUGCGUGUCGGGGACGGUGAUCGCAGGCGAAAACGCGCUGGUAGUGGCGCUAAUCGCGUCCACCCCAGCGCUGCGCACGCCCAUGUUCGUGCUGGUGGGAAGCCUAGCCACCGCCGACCUGCUGGCGGGCUGCGGCUUGAUCCUUCACUUCGUGUUCCAGUACGUGGUGCCCUCAGAAACGGUGAGCCUGCUCACGGUGGGCUUCCUCGUGGCCUCCUUCGCUGCCUCGGUCAGCAGCCUGCUGGCCAUCACAGUGGACCGCUACCUGUCUCUCUACAACGCACUCACCUACUACUCGCGCCGGACCCUGUUGGGCGUGCACCUGCUGCUCGCUGCCACCUGGACGAUGUCCCUAGGCCUCGGGUUGCUGCCGGUGCUCGGCUGGAACUGCCUAGCGGAGCGCUCCACCUGCAGCGUGGUGCGCCCGCUGACGCGCAGCCACGUGGCGCUGCUGUCCGCCGCGUUCUUUGCGGUCUUUGGUAUCAUGCUGCACCUGUACGUGCGCAUCUGCCAGGUGGUCUGGCGCCACGCUCACCAGAUCGCGCUGCAGCAGCACUGCCUGGCGCCGCCCCACCUCGCAGCCACCAGAAAGGGCGUGGGUACGCUGGCUGUGGUGCUGGGCACUUUUGGCGCCAGUUGGCUGCCCUUCGCCAUCUAUUGCGUGGUAGGCAGCCGCGAGGACCCGGCAGUCUACACCUACGCCACCCUACUGCCCGCCACCUACAACUCCAUGAUCAAUCCUAUCAUCUAUGCCUUCCGCAACCAGGAGAUUCAGCGUGCCCUGUGGCUCCUGUUCUGUGGCUGUUUCCAGUCCAAAGUGCCCUUCCGUUCUAGGUCCCCCAGUGAGGUCUGA